UCUAAAAUGGUUUAUGGAACACCUUUUGAGCAGUUGGAGGAUGAAGCAAAAUCAGCUGUUUCAAAGAAACCAAAAGGCAUUCAAGAUGAAAUUGUGACAGACGAACGUGGUCGACGUCGCCUCCAUGGAGCUUUUACUGGAGGCUUUUCUGCUGGAUAUUUUAAUACUGCUGGGUCCAAACAUGAGGACGAAAUUAGAAAGGGAGUCUCUAAAAGGAAGGGACGUGGCUUUGAAGGAUCUCAAAAGAGUAAUGUGAAGGAAUAUGAAACGCUUGGUGAUGAUGGUUUUUAUGGGCCGCAGCGUUCUGUUGAGGGUUGGAUAAUUUUUGUUACAAAUGUCCAUGAAGAAGCGCAGGAGGAAGAUGUGAAUGGCUAUGACUUUCUUGGUCAAGAAUUAUCAGCCGAUUGGUGCUUUGUUGGGUGCCACAAACAUUUAAAUCUACUAGAACUGAACGUGGCGAACGACUUGAACAAAUGGCAGAGGAUUUUAUGGAUGAAGAAGAUUUUGGCGAAUUUGGAAUUGCUUCGCGAAAGUACAACAACCUUUGCUCACUUGGUUGCUACAACUGUACUUUCUCGUGGUAUUACUGAAUUGGGAAUCUAUCCGACUGUUGACCCGUUGGACUCUACUUCUCGAAUUAUGGGUCCUAAUAUUGUUGGAAAUCGUCAUUAUGGUUAUUAUUGCCUCCUUGGAAUGGGUGAACUCUUCGAAGGCGAUAAAUUGACUGUCUCGCCGUGCUCGAAAGAUUCAACUUUAUCUUUCUCAGCCCUUCUAAGUUGCUGA